AUUAUAUAAAUAUAACUGCGCAGUGCAAUCUAUCACUUGCACCAUACUAGUACUAUAAUCAUUUUACUAAAUAUAUUCUAACUAAAGAAGCAGGGGAACAUUUUAAUUCGACCUAAGUUAAACUUGUUCACUAUGUUUAUCAUACUUGUGAGUAUAAUUUUGGUAUCGCUGGCGUGGCUGGUGUGGCAGAACUGGACGCGCCGGCGGGACUACUGGAAAAGGCGCGGCGUGCCGUAUCUCCCGCCCAACCCACUGCUGGGCAGCCUCACUUUCCUGCAGAGAGAAAAUCCUUCAGUAUGGAUGCGUCGAAUGUACGACAGAUUCCGGUGCCCGUACGUGGGCAUUUGGCUGUUCUGGAAACCGGGACUUAUAAUAAAUUGUCCGAACAUCGCGCGGAACGUGUUGGUCAAAGACGCCAAUGUGUUCAAGGACAGGUUCCUCAGCUCGGGGAAGAGCGAUCCCGUCGGCGCUCUUAAUCUGUUCACCGUCAAAGAUCCGCUGUGGUCGUCUCUGCGUCGGCGGCUGACGGUGGUGUUCACGUCGCACAGACUACGCGCGCUGCACCACCUCACUGCAGACAAGUGCGCUCACCUCGUGCAAAGGAUACGCAAUGAAAUCCAACAAAACAAAUACACAGAUCUGAGGGUAUUAUUUGCAGACUUCACGACGGAUAUAAUCGGAUGUGCGGCAUUUGGUCUGGACGGUGAGGCGACGCUCACCGGUCACAGUGCCAUGCGCACCGUGACGCGUCCCUUCAUGGCAUUCAGCGCGCUGCGGGGACUUUGCUGGUCCAGUAUAUUCUUCUGCCCACAACUCGUCGACGUCUUCGGAUUUUCUCUAUUUCCUGAAAGCGCAACAAAAUAUUUCAAAGAAAUAUUUCGAACAGUGGUUGAGAAGCGCGGCGGAUACGACAGAAAAAUUGAUGAGCCCAAAGAUUUAUUGGAUGCUCUUCUGAAAAUACGUCAGGAAAGUCUCAAUGAUAAAGAAGAAAUUUCCGAGGAUAUUAUGGUUGCUCAGGCGGCGAUUUUCGUGGAAGGAGGCUUCGACACAUCCGCCGGAACUAUGACAUAUGUUAUAUAUGAAUUAGCAUUUCAUCCAGAAAUACAGGACAAGGUAUAUGAAGAACUUUUAGAAGCAAAAACUGAACACGGCGUAGAGGGACUCGAUGCAAAUGUUCUGGCUGGUUUGAUUUAUUUCAAUUGCGUUAUUAAAGAAGUUACAAGGAAAUACAGUUCAAUGGGAUGGCUGGACAGGAUUGCGUCACAGGAUUACAAUAUAGACGAGAAUGUGACAAUAUCCGCGGGCACGCCGCUCUAUGUGAACGCUAUCGGCAUGCAUUACGAUCCAGAUUAUUUCCCUGAUCCAAACAAGUUUUAUCCAGAUCGUUUUUUGCCAGAAAAUGAAAAGAAUAUAAAACCUUUUACAUUUAUGCCAUUCGGUGAAGGACCGAGAAGUUGUAUAGGCAAACGAUUCGGUCUUCAGACAGUGAGAUACGGGCUAGCGCAUGUGCUGCUAAACUACGAAAUACAGGCUAUACCUGACUCCCCGAAGCCCUCGCAGGCCAAGAUAGAGAAGAGGGGCAUGUUCCUGAUGCCCGGUGAACCGCUCUACGUUAAAUAUAUUCCGAGAUGUGUUAAAUAGAUUUAAAUAUUUGUGUUAUUA